GCAGAGAUUGUCCUGCGCGUACCUGCUCGCUCUGAGGGGGGGUUGGACAUGAUGGGGGGCGUUUCCAGCAUGAGCGGCGCUUUGCUCAGAUAUUUCCUGCGCUCCCAGCUGUUGGGUAGAAGCACCAGCCGAGCGCUCCACAUGGUCGGUCCCUGAAACAGUUGGCGGUGAAUGCAUGACACACGGAGGGAAUCUCAGCAUCUAUUAAAGAGUGGCCACAGAAAUGGAAACAUGCAGUCUGGUUUGGAAUGAGCUGGAACAAUAGAAACGCUGCGUAACUGAGACAGCACGCCUACAACGACGAGGGACUUGUGCGCCUUGGCACCGGAGGGAAGCGCCAAACUUCAGUGUCGACCUGAGCAUCAAUUUAGGACAAAAUAUCAGCACACUGUGAGACUGGCCAUGAUUCAGUGGACUACUUUCUUUAAUGUAAAUUUCUAAUUAUCAAUUUAAGAUCCAGAAGGACUGGAAAGCGUUCGUGUUGUGAUCAUUUUGCUCUCCCCAACCGUGCCAAAUGCUGGAAUGGCUUGUGGCUCUGUGCAUUGUGAUCCUGGUGGUCUUACUCUGGCCAGGCUCCAAAUAUUUUGGCACCGAGAGCCAGGCGGAUGCUUUGCUUCAAGGACUUGGGAUUUCACAACAGGCAACAAAGGACAAGACCGGGAGGUGUGUAUCCGACCGAGAGGGGGUCGACGGUGCCCAGACGGAUUGUGAGGGUGCCAAAUCCGGUGAGAAAACACGCACCGUGGCACUGAUCUGCAAACCAUCCGCGCUGGCAAACUAUCUCCUGAAACAUUGCAGGACUUUCAGUAAUUAUUCGCCGUGUGUCGGGUGGACGUGGCGUGCCAGCGCCUUCCUCCAGAGCGUGUAUGAAACGUGCUGGCCGUACGACAGCCCGGUCCAGUUUGUGAGAGACUACCUGCAGCUGAGCGAUGAUGGUCUGGUUGCAUUGGAUUGGGCAGUGCCAUCCUACCAGAAACGACGCAGGACUUCCAGCCACUCUACCAGUCCUGUUCUGCUCAUCAUCCCAAACUCAUUUGGGAAGAUCACCAGAAAUGUGUUAAAGUUGUGUGAAACAGCCCUAUCCCAUGGUUACCUUCCGGCAGUUUUCAACCGUCGCAACCACAAUGGCACCCCACUCACCACCCUGAAGCUGCAGCAGUUCGGUGACCCUGCCGAUCUGCGAGAGGCCGUGCGCUACAUACGCUACCGACAGCCUGCAGGAAGACUGUAUGCAGUGAGCGAGAGCACUGGGUCGGGCCUUCUCCUGUCAUACCUGGGGGAGUGUGGAUCAUCCAGCUAUGUGACAGCGGCCGUCUGCCUAUCACCCGUGUUUCGCUGUCAGAGCUGGUUUGAGAACGGGCUGUUCUGGCCUCUGCAGUGGGCUUUGGUGCUCUACCAGAAGAUUUGUCUCAGCAGGUACAAGACGGUGCUGGGUGAGACCAUACAAACAGAUACCCUGUUUUCCAGCUGUUCCUUGCGUGGCCUGGAGGAGUCGCUCUUCUGUCAGACUGGGCAUGUGAGCUCCUCACCAGCAGUACCAACAGGGACUGGCAGUAGCAGUCUUACUUCAGGUGCCUGGGAUGCUUACUGGGAACGCAACGAACCCUUGAGAGAUGUGGACGAAGUGGCUAUUCCUGUUCUCAGUAUGUGCGCACAGGAUGACCCUGUCCGUGGUGACACCCAAUCCACGGUGCCCUUGGAACUCUUUGAAACAAACCCACAUUUUUUUCUUCUCCUAACUGACCGUGGAGGUCACUGUGGUUUCUCCACCCAGUCCGAAGGGAGCACUGCUGGUGCAGUUGGUGCAGUCGGUUCCGCAGCUGCGCCGUACAGUGGGGUGGGGAGCUGUGGGAUCAACUGGAGCCACAAAGCACUGCUGGAAUUCUUCAGGGCCACCACAGACUUCUUCGCUGCAGAGGAGAGAGCGAAGCAGCUUGCCGCAAGGAGAAGGGGGUUGGGGGGAGGUGCAAGUGGAAGGGUUUUUCGUCACCGCAGCGCCAGUAUAUGUAAACGAAUGCCAGCGUGUUCCCAUAAUAUCCAUGCCAUUUACAAUUGGCAGAGGUCCUAUACACGAUGAGGGAGCCUAAUGGAAGUUAAUGCACUACACUGAUGCCUUCUGAUAUUGUUUAGAUUUGGGACGUGAGGGAAGGCUGUUCUCUGCUCAUGUGACACUCAAAGUGUUAACAUAGACAAAACUAGUAAAGUGCAGAUGCUGUGAAGAACUGAGGUCAUAGAGUACUUUUAAGUGUUGUUCUCACAGCUUGAUGGGAGCCAUAAAACACAAGGAUAGAAAAAAAAAAGAUCACGACAGGCCACAAGCUCACAUGCAGUUGUUAUGUUUUACUGCUGAACAUUUGACACUAAACUCUCAAGAUGGGUGGCUAUAUAUUUUUCUACAGCGUGAACUCAAACAGACAAAUCUCUACUUGCUACAUUUGCAACCAUGUUUGCUAUAUUUGCAACCACAAGUGCACCAUGUCAUCACUUGAUACUUAACUGUUGUAUCUUACUGUCUGUUCUUUUCUCUGAAAGGACAUUUAUCUGGGAGCCAAAUGUUGAAAGUUUUGUGCCUAGAGUAGAAAGUGAAAAAAUAAAUAAAUCUGGUAAUAAUUUGAAAUGAAUUUGAGCUAAAUGUCAAAUUAGUUUAACAAACUCAUCUAGUGUUAUUGUACACAUUAAAGAGUUUACUGUGUAUAUUAUUGAAUGUUCUCUUCUGUAUAGGGAAAUGUCCUGUGAUGCCCAGAAUAGAGGAACUCAUGUAUGAUCGCCACCCAGUCAGCUUUUAGAGGAAAGUCUGUGUAAUGAGGUUGUAUUUUAUUGAGCCGGGUGGCUGAAAGCACUUUGUGGGUUUUCCUGUCUCAUCAUUCAAACUUUGUGCUGCAAGGUCUCACCCAGCUGCUCAGGAUGUGAAAUUUGGUGAAGUGAGUGUUUCUUACUGAGGUGAGCGUUCAAGACUUAGCAGUAUGUUGUUGUUUGAAACUUUGAGCCCAGGGAAAUGCCAUUCUUAUGCAUUAUGCUAAUAAAUUAUACAAAUUAAAAUGAUUGUGUUGAAAGUGUUCAGAAGAGAAGCACUUAAGGGCAGCUCAACCAUUUAAAGCAGGAAAAGGCAGAGGUUCUGUUUUUUGUCUUUUGUUGUUUAAUAAAAAAAAAUGCUAUACA